UCUCUCUCUCUCGGGCUAUCUCGCUCUGCAUCUCAUGAGCCCCCAUAUGGGCACUCCACCACCGCGGCGGCGGCGACCACCACCACCGCCGCCAGCGCAACCACCACCACCACCAUCGGCGGGGCGGCCGAGCGCGAGCACUUAAGAGAGGAGGUGAAUACAAGAGACACACGCAGUAUAACCGGGAGAGCCUCCGCGUCUCGCUCGUCACUCCGAGGCGCGAUCCUGAGGGGAUAACUCGCUCUUGCUAUAUAUAAGAGAGCCGCUCUCCUUUUCUCCACAUUACGCGAGCGCUUAGCCAGCGAGCAGGAGAGUUAGUGUCCUGUUCCAUACUGAUAUACACCGAGGAGACUGCGUGGACGCGCGCGCAUACGCACUGUACACACGGACACGUACGGCUACCUAUACGCAGCACACAUAGCCAGGGAGUGCCCGGUGCUAGGAGGAGAGAAAGAGAGAGAGGCCACUCGACGAAAACUCACCGAGACGAGAGCACCGACGCGCCAACGCACUCCGUCACUCCUAUACGUGACUAUACGAUCACGGAUUUUUCACUGGAAAGUUUUCGAACUGGGAAAAUCCGACGAGUCAAGCUGUGCGACUUCGAGGGUUGCUGUCGUCGAACAAGUCGACAGUUGUCCGAGAAAUGGGAGAGCAGUGUCACCGGUGAAGAGCAGAGCCGAAGAAACGAGAGAUCUUUUUAUGUGUACACAUAGACAGGCGCAGGAGCGCGCGAGAGCGAGCAAGCUCUUUUAAGGACUCGAAUUCACCUCGUUGCGAAAAGCGCGCGCUCAAGAGAGAGAUAGAGAGAGAGAGAGAGAGAGAGAGAGAGAGAGAGAGAGAGAGAGAGAGAGAAAAAAACCGAGUGGCGAUCUCGCGAGUAUAUCCUGUCGACGGGCAAGAAGGCGAAGAGGGAAGAAAAUUAAUUCGCUCCGAGAUAGCAUCGCUAAGGAAGUGAGGAACGGCGCGAGAUCAACCCUCGCCAACGAAGGAGAACGCGCUGCGGAAAGCAGCACCAUCAACGACCGGAAGCCAGGAGAAAAAACCACUGCAGCCGAGAGAAAAACUUUUCUCGGUCAGCGGCGCGCCUGACCUUGACCUUGGGAGUGAGUGAGAGAGCGAGAGAGAAAGAGAGAAGAGUAGCGCGAGCUACCAACACACGCGUACAGAAACCAUGAGCACCGUUUUCUGGCUGCUGUUCGCCUGCGCGGCCGUUCUCGCGGCGGCGUUCGCUUUUCUGGACAGCUGGCUGGAUCGCCUCAAGGCCCUCGUGCUGGCGGCUGGACUGAUAAACGGCAAAGCUUCCAAGCUCGAGGAGGACGGCGAGACACUGACGACCGUCACGACGGCGAAGAAGAGCUUGAGGGGACCGAGGGCUUUUCCGCUGAUCGGUAGUCUCCACAAGCUGGGAGGAGCCGGUGGACCCUUCGAGGCAUUCACCAACAUGGCCAGGGAGUACGGGGACAUCUACGAGAUCCAGCUGGGCGUGUCGAAAUGCGUCAUCGUCAGCAGCUACAAGCUCGUCAAGGAGGUGCUCAUCACUAAGGGCAGCCAUUUCGGCGGCAGGCCGGACUUCAUGAGGUUCCAUCAGCUCUUCGGCGGCGAUCGCAAUAACUCUCUCGCCCUUUGCGAUUGGUCCGACAUCCAGCGCAAGCGCCGAUCGAUCGCCCGCAGCUUCUGUUCGCCCCGCGGCGGCAGCUCCCAGCAAGAGGAGCUUUCCCGCGUGGCCAUCGACGAGAUGGCCAAGCUCCUGGACCAACUGAGCCAGCCGUCCAACACCGAAGUCCUGAGGGGAGAGAAGGCCGUAAAGCCGCUGAUCCUCGGAGCCAUCGGCAACAUGUUCACGCAGUACAUGUGCUCGACCCGGUUUGGCUACUCCGACGACCAGUUCAACCGGGUGGUCCGCAUUUUCGACGAAAUCUUCUGGGACAUCAACCAGGGAUACGCCGUCGACUUCCUGCCCUGGCUCAAGGUCUUCUACAACCGACACCUGGACCGUCUCAACAACUGGGCCACCGACAUCCGCAGCUUCAUCCUCAAGCAGAUCAUCGAACCGCGGCGCGCCAGCUUGGACCUGGAGAACGGAGUACCUCGUGACUUCACCGACGCCCUCCUGCUCCAUCUGGAGAGCUCCGAGUCCGAGCUCUCCUGGGAGCACAUAAUCUACGAACUGGAGGACUUCUUGGGCGGACACUCCGCGAUCGGUAACCUGGUCAUGAUGGUCCUCGCCAACAUCGUCACGCAUCCCGAUGUCCAGGCCAAGAUUCAAGCCGAGUGCGACGCGGUUCUGAGGGAAAAGUACGACAGCAGCGAGUCUGCGCUGGUCUCGCUCAAGGACAGAUUCGACAUGCCCUAUACAGAAGCCACCAUCUGGGAGACGCUCAGGAUAUCGAGCUCGCCCAUAGUCCCACACGUGGCCACAUGCGACACGGAAAUCGGUGGCUACCCCGUCGCCAAGGACACGGUCAUCUUCCUCAACAACUACGACCUGAACCUGGGCGAGGCCUAUUGGGGCACCGACUCCAAGACCUUCCGACCGGAGCGAUUCCUCAAGGAAGACGAGAAGGACGACAAGAUCGUUACCAGAGUCGUCAGACCAGAGCACUUCGUCCCCUUCUCGACCGGCAAGAGAACCUGCAUCGGCCAGAGGCUCGUACAGGGCUUCGCCUUCGUCGUGCUCGCGGGACUCCUGUCCAAGUUCGACAUAAGCGCGCCAGCCAAGGUCGACGUCAAGAGCAAGCUGCAGCCGAGCUGCGUCGCGGUUCCGCCCGACUGCUUCAACCUCGUGCUAACGCCGAGAACAGCCUCGACGCACGUCGCAGCCGGCCUCUGAUGGGCUCGUCUGCCAAAGGGAGCGAGCUCUCUCUCCCUCCCCGUCUCUGUCCCUGUCUCUGGCGCGAGAUGAUGGAAGCUUUUUCUUCAAGGAUCCUCGAGAUUACUCAACGGGACACUCUUCUUCCCGCUACGACUGUGCUCGCCCGUGACUGUCAGCGAGCCACGACCGCAACGGUAUAUCAAUGCAAAAGCUAAAAGCUGUUAGGGAGUAUAUAGCAGAUAAUCUAUGGCAGAUAGGACGUCUCGAAGGCUAAACGCAGUUCUUUAGCUGUUCUUAGAAAUUUAUAGAGUUGAAUUUUUCAAUUUUCACGUAACUAAAUAUAUAUUACAAUGGGGAAAGACGCGUUGCGCUCUCGAAUUGGUAAUCGCACGCUCUCCGUCGCUAUAAUUAUUUAGUACAUUAUAUGUUAUAUUACGAACUGAGACGAUCACUAGUGUGCUAUCGUUUGGCAGUUUGAUCUACGAGCUAACGCGUUUUUCCUCUCGAAGCGUUGUGACUCUGAGGUGGUUCAACAGCAUAGAAGAUUUAUUCGAAAAUUUAGAAAAAUAUUUAUUGCAGUUUUAUUGGCAAUAUCUAUAAACUGAUAUACAAUAUACGAUUGAAUAAAUUUAGAAAAUUGCUACGUUAAAUCAAUUAUAGCCGAGAUUGGAAAAUAGCAUUUGACGGUCAUUAAAAUCUAUGACAAAUGCGAUCGCUAAUGCGUUCUUUUUUUUCUGAUAUCAAGGUUUAUAUAUUUCGAAUGACACCUAGAAUUGGGAGUCUCAUCCGAUUAUUCCAUUUUAUAAAUUUUACCGAAUCAUCCUGAUAUUAUUACAAAUGCGCCGAAUUGAGUUAAAAUACGUCAUCUACAUCAUUCGAUAUUUAUGUAUUAAAAAAAAAAUACUUCUCGACUCUGAUCAAAACCUGUAAUCAAUAAUUAUACUACGCUUGUUCUCUUGACGAGCUGUCGUUGUGGUAAUAAGCGAAAAAACGAUGAAGAAUAUCCAUUUUUGAUCUUCAACUUUUUAAUAAGAACAAACAGUUUUAUGUAUAAAUAUGUAUGCUCAUCGUAGAAGAUUCAUCCCGACAAGACUGAUUGUCAUCCUUAGGAUAUAGAUGCGCUUUAAUCAUUGUUUCUAGCAUUUAAAAGUUACGAGGUUAAAAUCUUUGAAAUAUUAAAGAAAGACUCAUCGAAUACGUAUAUAAUAAUCAUCCAUCAGCAUUAAUGUUUGAAAUAUUUUACUGAAAAGUAGAAUUUAUUGAACAGGUUAUACUGUUUGAAUGGUAAACAAUAGAAUCUACUUUUUAACGAUAUUACAAAGAGAACCUCGAAUUUUCAAAUCACCAUAUCAACUACGUACUUGUAUGCGUUACGAGAAAAAUAUAUUAUUUUUUUGCUCAUGUACAAAAUCGCAUCACUAUCUUGUAAUCAUUAGAAAGUCACAGCUUUUAAAUCAUAUAAAUCUAAAGAAUUUGUUUUGUUUUUAUUUAAACAAAUGAUUCUAUAUGUUAUAGAGAAGAUGUUAAUUAUAGUUAAGUACAUAUCGUCGAUCAUUUUAUCGCACGCUUAACCAAGCUGCAAUCAUUGUACUUUUCUCCUGUAAAUAUUAAAAUUUCCUUUCAUCUAUAGGUUAUGAAAACAUAUUUUUAUGAAUAAAAAGUGCUGCUUAACACAUUAA